AUGCCGGAGCCCGGGCCGGACGCCCCUGGCACCGCUAGCGCGCAGCCCCCGCCGCCGCCGCCGCCGCCGCCCCCACCUCCCGCGCCCAAGGAGUCCCCGUUCUCCAUCAAGAACCUGCUCAACGGAGACCACCACCGGCCGCCCCCUAAGCCGCAGCCGCCCCCACGGACGCUCUUUGCGCCGGCCUCCGCCGCUGCUGCCGCCGCCGCUGCCGCCGCCGCUGCGGCCAAGGGGGCUCUGGAGGGCGCCGCGGGCUUCGCGCUCUCGCAGGUGGGCGACCUGGCUUUCCCCCGCUUUGAGAUCCCGGCGCAGAGGUUUGCCCUGCCCGCGCACUACCUGGAGCGCUCCCCGGCCUGGUGGUACCCCUACACCCUGACCCCCGCCGGCGGCCACCUCUCGAGACCUGAAGCUUCGGAGAAGGCCCUCCUGCGAGACUCCUCCCCCGCUUCGGGAACCGAUCGCGACUCCCCCGAGCCGCUGCUCAAAGCCGACCCCGACCACAAGGAGCUGGACUCCAAGAGCCCGGACGAGAUCAUUCUGGAGGAGAGCGACUCGGAGGAAGGCAAGAAGGAGGGCGAGGCGGCGGCGGGAGCGGCCGGGGCGAGCGUGGGGGCGGCGGCGGCGACGCCGGGCGCCGAGGACUGGAAGAAGGGCGCCGAGAGCCCGGAGAAGAAGCCCGCGUGCCGCAAAAAGAAGACGCGCACGGUCUUCUCGCGCAGCCAGGUCUUCCAGCUCGAGUCCACUUUCGACAUGAAGCGCUACCUGAGCAGCUCGGAGCGCGCCGGCCUGGCCGCGUCGCUGCACCUCACCGAGACGCAGGUCAAGAUCUGGUUCCAGAACCGCCGCAACAAGUGGAAGCGGCAGCUGGCGGCCGAGCUGGAGGCGGCCAACCUGAGCCACGCCGCGGCGCAGCGCAUCGUGCGGGUGCCCAUCCUCUACCACGAGAACUCGGCGGCCGAGGGCGCCGCGGCCGCGGCCGCGGGGGCCCCGGUGCCUGUCAGUCAGCCGCUGCUCACCUUCCCGCACCCCGUGUACUACUCGCACCCGGUGGUCUCCUCUGUGCCGCUGCUACGGCCGGUCUGA